AAAAUCGGAAACAACAAAUAAAAGUUCUAAAAUUAUUAAGUUCAUUGUUUGGGUGAUUAUAGCGAUGAAUCAUGAUGAAGAAUGUAAAAAUAGAUAAAAAUCUCUUAAAUUUGUAAACCACCGUAACCUUUCACCGAGUCUACUGUUUUUAUAUCUGAUACAAUCAUAAUUGCAAAGUUAUUUCUUUUUUGAAUAUAAAAUACGAGAAUGUUGUCAAAUAUUUGACAGAAGCUAAUUGAAGCUGCUUCAAAAAAGAUCAACAAUGAAGUUCAAGGCUGAAUUUCUGUUAAUUAUUUUAAUAUUCAUUGAAUCUGCUGAAAUGUUUUGGCUUCCUGAUUCAGUGAUAAAAGCAUUAGCAAGAAGUUCAAGUAGUAGCAGCAGCAGCAGCAGCAGUUCUUCAAGUGAGUCUAAGGAGCGAAGAAUUAACAGACGAAGAAACGGUGGCGGGGGAGUUAAUAACUACGACAGAUAUGAUGGAUACGACCGUCGUGGUGUUGAUCCACGAUAUUACAAUCCCUACGAUCUCAACACCAAUUUAAACAAUAGAAAUAACAACAACAAUAAUAAUAACAAAAGAAAUCGAAGAAAUAGAAGACGUCAAAGACAAGGCCAAAGAGAUCAACAUGGAUUUAAUUUCUAUUAA